CUUCACAUCCUCUCCCCCAACCGCACUAACAACCUCCUCCAAAGUUAAAAAUCCCUUUUUUUUAAAAAAAAAAAAUUCAAUCUCCAAAUCCUAAGCUGAUGCCCUGACAAAUCCCCCAACCUCAGCAUCUACACCCCUCCAGAUACCCUCUCUCUCUCUACAAGUCGUUGUUGGAUGAUGUUACUACUCAUCUCAACACUCUCUUAACAAAUAGAAUUUCAAUUCUAUUCUUUGUUUUCUAGAAUUCAAUGGCAUCUUCUUCUCUUUGUUUCCCGACAACUUCAGCUGCCGGAGCCCGAACCACUCUCCGACCCGAUGUUUCCGGAUUCUUGCUCUCCGGUCACCGUCCCAGGACCCAAUUCAAGUCUCGAAGUUUUGAUGUUCGAUGCUCUUUGGACUCCAAUGUCUCUGAUAUGAGCGUUAAUGCUCCAAAAGGAUUAUUUCCAUCAGAACCUGAACAUUAUAGGGGACCAAAACUAAAAGUGGCUAUCAUUGGAGCUGGUCUUGCAGGCAUGUCAACUGCAGUGGAGCUAUUGGAUCAGGGCCAUGAGGUGGACAUAUACGAAUCAAGAUCUUUCAUUGGUGGAAAAGUCGGUUCUUUUGUUGAUAAACGUGGAAAUCACAUUGAAAUGGGACUUCAUGUUUUCUUUGGUUGUUACAAUAAUCUUUUUCGAUUGAUGAAAAAGGUUGGUGCUGAUAAAAAUCUGCUUGUGAAGGAUCAUACUCAUACUUUUGUAAACAAAGGGGGUGAAAUUGGUGAACUGGAUUUUAGGUUUCCAAUUGGAGCACCAUUGCAUGGAAUUCGUGCUUUUUUGUCUACAAAUCAGCUCAAGCCUUAUGACAAAGCAAGAAAUGCUUUGGCUCUUGCCUUAAGUCCUGUUGUGCGGGCUCUUGUUGAUCCAGAUGGAGCAAUGAGGGACAUACGGAAUCUGGAUAGCAUAAGCUUCUCUGAUUGGUUCUUGUCCAAAGGUGGCACACGUGCAAGUAUCCAGAGAAUGUGGGAUCCUGUUGCUUAUGCUCUUGGGUUUAUUGAUUGUGAUAAUAUCAGCGCCCGUUGUAUGCUCACUAUAUUUGGAUUGUUUGCCACAAAAACAGAAGCUUCCUUAUUGCGCAUGCUUAAAGGUUCCCCCGACAUUUAUUUAAGUGGCCCAAUCAAAAAGUAUAUCACAGACAAAGGGGGGAGGUUCCAUCUCAGGUGGGGAUGUAGAGAGAUACUUUACGACAGAUCUACUGAUGGAGAGACAUACGUGACAGGAAUUGCCAUGUCAAAAGCUACUCAAAAGAAAAUUGUGAAAGCUGAUGCUUAUGUUGCAGCAUGUGAUGUCCCUGGAAUUAAAAGAUUACUUCCACCCACAUGGAGGGAGUGGGAAUUCUUUGAUAAUAUUUAUGAACUAGUUGGUGUGCCUGUGGUCACAGUGCAACUCAGAUACAACGGCUGGGUCACAGAGUUACAGGAUUUAGAACGUUCAAGGCAACUAAGGCAAGCUGCAGGGUUGGAUAAUCUCCUUUAUACCCCAGAUGCAGAUUUCUCAUGCUUUGCAGACCUUGCACUCUCAUCACCUGAAGACUAUUACCUCAAGGGACAAGGCUCAUUGCUCCAAUGUGUGCUUACACCUGGUGAUCCCUACAUGCCAUUACCAAAUGAUGAAAUCAUAAAAAGAGUUACAAAACAGGUGUUGGCUUUAUUCCCAUCUUCCCAAGGUUUGGACGUUACUUGGUCAUCUGUAGUCAAGAUUGGGCAAUCGUUAUAUCGUGAGGGGCCUGGUAAAGAUCCAUUUAGACCUGAUCAGAAGACCCCUGUGAAAAAUUUCUUCCUUGCUGGCUCAUAUACAAAGCAGGAUUACAUAGACAGCAUGGAAGGUGCUACCCUAUCUGGGAGACAAGCCUCGGCCUAUAUAUGUGAUGGUGGGGAGGAAUUGGUGGCAUUACGAAAGAAGAUUGAAUCCCAAGUCCUUACUGAAGCUGCUUCUUUGACUGACGAGUUGAGUCUUGUCUAAUGCAUUGCAAUUUUCAUUCAAAGACCACCGUGCAAGCAUUGCCUCAAAUUGCUGAGUUAGAAGGCAGCUGUGACGGGAAUACGUAUGUAUAUUCAUCACCAUGUAUGUAAUUUAACUGGAAUUACAUGUAACUGUAGAACAUCAGUUGUUGCAUCAUGCAAUUAAAUGUCAAUCAUAAGCAUUCAUGGGUACC